AUCCCUGAAAAGGUUUUAACUGCAGGGGACAGCUUCAAUUUUAUCCUCCCUGCAAGUCAAGAAUAACUUAUUUUUCUUGCAAUUUGAGUGAAUCAGGAUGGAUUUGCCUCCUGAUCAGAAUUACUGUGUUGCUCGACCAGUUUAUUCCAAACCUUCGUUUGAAGAGGACAAUGAAACAAAGGCGAGGGUUCCUAAAACCAUUCGGGAACGAUUUACAAAAUCAUGCAGCUGUUCAGCCAAAAGGGCCAAGGACAUAACAAAGGGUUUGCUGCCCAUUUUAGACUGGCUACCAAAAUACAAAAUAAAGGAAUGGCUGCCGAAAGACAUCGUCUCAGGAAUCAGUACUGGACUUGUAGCUACUUUACAGGGUUUGGCCUAUGCAUUGCUGGUUUCAAUCCCACCUAUAUAUGGUCUUUACGCAUCCUUCUUCCAGUUUCUGACAUAUUUUUUCAUGGGAACAUCGAGACAUCUUUCUAUUGGUCCCUUUCCUGUAACCAGUCUGAUGGUUGGAUCAAUAGUCCUGGCCAUGGCUCCAGAAGAGAAUUUCAAGAUUAAGGGGAACAGCACAGGGCUCAAUGGAACAACACUGGAUGUUGCAGCCAUGAAUGAAUAUAGAGUUCUUGUGUCCAACACCGCGACAGUUCUCAUGGGAAUUCUUCUGCUUAUCAUGGGAAUACUUCAGAUUGGUUUUUUGGUGCGGUACCUUUCAGAUCCAUUGGUAGGAGGAUUCACCACCGCAGCUGCUUUCCACGUGGUUGUCUCUCAGGUGAAAUUGGUAUUGUCUGUACCAACAAAGAACUACAAUGGAGUUCUAUCUGUUAUAUAUACAAUCAUAGACAUAUUUAGAAACAUUGGUAAAACCAACAUUGCAGAUCUGAUUGCGGGAUUGCUGACUCUAAUCAUCGUGAUGUCAGUAAAAGAAGUCAAUGAUCGAUUCAAACAUAAGAUUCCAGUUCCUAUUCCCAUUGAACUGUUUGUGACUAUUGUAGCUACAGGGAUCUCAUAUGCUGUGGAUCUUGAGACAAAAUACCAUGCUGCCAUUGUCAAGGACAUCCCAAAAGGGUUUUUACCCCCUCAACCUCCUGAUGUAUCAAUGUUUGCUGACAUAAUAGGCUCGUGUUUCUCUACAGCUGUGGUGGGGUAUGCUGUGGCUGUUUCAGUGGCAAAGGUGUAUUCUAUAAAACAUGACUAUCAAAUUGAUGGCAAUCAGGAGCUUGUUGCCUUUGGUGUCAGCAACAUAUUUGGAGGAGCUUUCUCUGGCUUUUUUGGCUGCACAGCAUUGUCGCGAACUGCUGUCCAAGAGAGCACUGGUGGACAGACUCAAAUUGCUGGAUUUCUCUCUGCCUUGAUAGUAUUUAUUGUAAUUGUCGCUCUGGGGAACCUGUUGGAGCCUCUGCAGAAGUCUGUACUGGCAGCCAUCGUCAUUGCCAACCUUAAAGGAAUGUUCAUGCAGGUCCUUGACGUCCCGCGCCUCUGGAGGCAGAACAAGACUGACUCUAUUAUUUGGGUCGUGACGUGUGCUGCAUCCAUAAUUCUGGGUCUUGAUCUCGGGCUGUUGGCAGGUCUUGUCUUUGAGCUCGCCACAGUUGUGAUCAGAACACAGUUCCCCACAUGUGCUGCUCUUGGGAAUGUUCCAGGCACUGACAUUUACAAGAAUAUAAAGGACUACAAGAAUAUUGAAGAACUAUCUGGAAUUAAGAUCUUCAGAUGCAAUGCACCAAUCUACUUUGCCAACAUGGAUUUUUUUAAAGAUCGUCUGAAAGCAAUUGUGGGAUUUGAUGCAGUCAGAGUGUUUAGAAAGAGAAAUAAAGCACUGAAGAUGAUUCAGAAGCUUAUCAAAAAGGGAAAGUUAAGAUCCACAAAGAAUGGCGUGCUGACAGAUCUGGGUGUGGAUAACAAAGCUUUUGAAAGUGAUCCAGAGCAGGAUCCAGAGGAGGCAGAAGAUGUUGAAGUGCCCACGAAGGAGGUGGAAAUCCAAGUGGACUGGAACUCUGACCUUCCACUGAAAGUGAUCGUGCCCAAAGUUACCAUUCACAGCCUCAUCAUCGAUUUUGGUGCAGUCUCCUUCCUUGAUGUGGUAUCAGUCAAGGGCUUGAAAUUGAUUGUGAAAGAAUUCAUGCGGAUAGAUGUAAAUGUGUACAUAGCAGGAUAUGAUGAUGAAAUUAUCCAGAAAAUGGAAGCAUGUGGCUUUUUUGAUGACACCGUAAAGAAAGACAUUCUGUUCCUGACUAUUCAUGAUGCUGUCCUCUUCAUUCAGAUGAAAGCUUCGUAUGGCAACGUUCAAGAUCCAAUAUUUGAGAAGAUUUCUCUGAUGAAGGAGUCCAAAGAACCUUUUUCAUUUCCUGAAAAUGAUGAAUUAGAGGAUCAUCAAGGGGCUAUCUAUAAACUGGCUUCCUAAACUGAUGAAGUUGUUUUAUUUGCAAAAUAUAUGGGACUAAUAACCUUCAAAAGAGAAGAAUCAUUCUUAUAUUUUGAAAAACCCAGAUCACACUAAGAAGCCCCUAAAAUGAAUCCUUCCUGAAAGUUAUUUUAGAAUGAAACUGUGUUUUAGAUUUGCAUACAAUUUACCAGAAACUGACUGGGAUAUAUUAAGAUGGCCAAGAUAAUCAAGCAGUCUUCAAAGGAUUGUUCAAUAUUUUCCUAUGCAUACAUAAUGUCCUGAUGAAGAAUUAAUACAGAACAAAUGGUAUGAUCACUAAGAGUCUGCAUUUAGACUUAUAUAGACUAGUUUAGUAGAUUUUUAAUAGAAGUUUAUGCUCAACAUAAAACCUACAAUUAUAUAUUCAGAUUUACUCACUUAAAAUAGGUUUUAAAUAAAAAAAUAAUAACACUUUAUAGCUGAAGUUAUAGCUUUGUGGACCAAUUUUAAUAAAUGUCUCAAAUGUA